CUUGUUGUGACUCCUCCGCGGUACAACACUAUCUUCGGCAUACAUUACAUGCGUGUAAGCAUACACUACAUUUGCGAAAAAUGGCAGCUGACGAAUAGAAAAAGUGGAUCUUCAGUCGAAAAAAGACGGCACUUAUUUUUGCAAACAGCCAAACUGGGUGAAGAUUCUGCAACCUCGUUUCUCAUCCUAACAGCAUCAUCAUUGCUCAUCUGUCAACAUGGGAAAAACCCCACUAAAAGAUCAGAAAGAUGGCAAAAAAGAGAAACUGGGAAAGCCACUUUCACUACCAGGAACAACCCCUGCAACAACUAAAGAUGCUUUCAGCUGGGAAGAAUACCUGAAAGAAACAUCGUCCACACCAGCUCCAGCAAGCUGUUUUCGUCAGGCUAGAGUCCCACCCUCCAAUGAGUUUAAGGUGGGCAUGAAGCUUGAGGCUCAUGACCCUCGCAAUUCCACCUCAGUUUGCAUCGCCACGGUGAUGGGUUUAACUGGGGUCCGUCUACGACUCCGUCUGGAUGGGAGUGACAACAGCAACGACUUCUGGAGGCUGGUUGACUCCUCCGAUAUCCAGCCUAUAGGCACCUGUGAAAAGAACGGAGAUAUGCUGCAGCCUCCACUGGGAUUUCGUAUGAAUGCCUCUUCUUGGCCCAUGUUCCUGUUAAGAACCUUGAAUGGAGCAGAGAUGGCACCAGUAACAGCCUUCAAAAAGGAACCUCCGAGACCACCUCAAAAUAGUUUCAAACCAGGUAUGAAGCUUGAGGCGGUGGACAAGAAGAAUCCGUACCUCAUCUGCCCUGCCACCAUCGGAGAAGUGAGGGGCGAUGAGGUGUUUAUCAUGUUCGACGGCUGGAGGGGGGCCUUCGAUUACUGGUGCAAGUACGACUCCCGGGACAUCUUCCCGGUGGGCUGGUGCUCUCUCACUAAGCACAGCCUUCAACCGCCAGGCAACAGUGUUACUCUUCCAAAGAACCUGCAGAUUCUCCCAUCGUCCCCCUCCAAACCCAGCAGGCGUUCCAUGCAGUCUCCCUACAGACUCCUUAACCCUCUGCCCGUUCUGCCUGUGAGGAAGGGGGUAAGAGGCCGUCGGCCCAAGAGCGAGACCCUCGCUUUGCUCAAAGCUGUGGCAGAGGCUGCAGCUUCCCACAACAGAGCUGUUCCUGAAAACACUCAGCUAGUGCCCCGGGUUCACAAGAAACGAGGACCCAAACCUGGAAGCAAGAGAAAGUCCAAGAUUUUGCAAAGCGCAACACAACUUCCAAGCAUCCAGGUUCCACAAGAAAAUCCUCCCAGCCUCAACUCGGUGGUUUCAACAGUGUGUGUGUACGUGAAUAAGCAUGGAAACUGUGGUCCCCACUUGGACAGGAAGCAGAUGCAGCACUUGCCAGACCACUUUGGCCCGGGGCCAGUGAACACUGUGCUCCGGCAAGUGGUCCAGUCAUGUAUAGACUCUGCUUACCAGCCAAAGGUCCUCCUCAGUGCUCUGCAGAGUGAUUCAGGGGGAGGUGAAGCUGUCAAAGUGAGAACAGAUGGUGGUGUUCGUGUGAUCAAACUACCGUCUGCCUCCAGUGCUUCCUUUGUCUUACGAUUCCUAGAGAGCAUGUGUCGUCAUCUUCAGUGUGACAACCUGUUCAGCAGCCAGCCGUUCAGCCACUACACAGCUUAUGACAGGAACAAGUCUGUGAAAGAAGAGGCGCUUGAUGUUCCCUCUCUGGCCCGGGGCAGUAAACGCAGUCUCUCAGGGCUCUCUCCUCCGUACGCUGCCCCUCUUUCUCCUAAACAUUUACGGGCCGAGGCUCACCCAUCUGAAGCAGAGACUCUGCCACAUGAAGAGAACGGCCUCAUCAAAGAGCAGCGAUACAUGGACUCGGCUUCCAACUCCAUGACCCCUCGGCCCCAAUCAGUGCGGAGUUCCUCUGAGUACCACCCCCAGGCCAGCAGCCUCUACCAUCACAGCAGCAGCACAGUGAUGCGGCUUCACUCGUCUAACCCUGCAGAGCUCUCCUCAACACAGCUGCUCAGACGAGUCGAAGCAGCUAGCUCCACCACCGGUCCUGAAUCUAUUGGUUCUGAUCGAGAAAAUCUGCAGCUGCCCAGUAAAAACCCUUCCUCAUGGUCCAUUGAAGAGGUCAUGCAGUUUGUCAGAGAUGCAGACCCCACAGCGUUGGCGCCUCAUGCAGAACUAUUCAGAAAACAUGAGAUUGAUGGAAAGGCUUUGAUGCUUCUACGGAGCGACAUGAUAAUGAAGUACAUGGGUCUGAAACUGGGGCCGGCUCUGAAGCUUUGCCAUCACAUAGAGCGGUUGAAACAAGGCAAACUGUGAGAAGUCAGGGCAGCCAGGACCCUCUCAGACCUGUGAGCAAUAAGCCCAGAAAGAGCCAGCGUUUGGAUCUUGACUCCUGGGCCACGCAGGGGUUACAUGUUACACUAGACUCCUCCUGGAGGGACUAAUUCGGUGUUACAACUUCAUCCUGACUUCCAGAACGGAGAAAAAGUGUGCUGUGCAUAGCUAACACAUUACCUCAUCCCCUCACCAGUGAACAAAAAGCUGUUCAAGUCUAAUAAACAACACAGACUUCUAAGAGAUCCCAAAGCAGAAUGAUCCCUGUAGUGUUUACAUUGCAUCACACACGUGCACACAAGAACGAUGUUUCCUUCUUUUUUUUUUACGGAGCUGAAACGUUUUGAUCCUGAUGUUGGAUCCCCAAAGAUGGAGAAUGUUUUUAUUACUGUUGAAUUUCUACCUAAUAAGAAAGGAUUAGUAUACUGAGAAAAAGGCAAACAUGAAAUGUCGUCAUACUCUAGAAGACAAUUUAAUGCUCUUAUCCGUGCUGUUGUAUAGUUAUUUUCAUUCCCUGUUUGUCUGCAUAAAGGAUUCCACACUGUCUAGACCGACAUUUUCACAGACUUGUCAGUGUGUUUGUCAGGAACCAUGUUAUCUAUUUUUUUUUUUUACUGAAUUUGAUGAUUUUCAUGAGUGUCCUGCUUAAUCAUUAACUGUGUAAGUCUCUGUGAAUUAUUGUGUCUUAGCGGAUUCAAAGUUGCCUCCCACUGGUAUAGAUGCUCCGAUCUGAAUUCAGUGGCCAACGUCUGAUCUCCAGUUUUUGUAAAACAGUUUUUGUAUCCCAGUCUUUGAUGAGCGGAAGAUGGAUGGAGAGUGGCAUAGUAACACCAUUCAGAAUUUUCUUUUCUACAAUCCCUGCUACGAGUGGUCCUAAAUUAUUUAGAUUAGGAGCAGAGGUGACAUCACACCAGAUUUCAAAACGACGGCAACAUUAUUGUAUUGAGUUGACAUUUUAAACUGCCUUUAGCAUCUUGUAUUAGUGAUCGGGUUGGUUAGCAUGACUGAAACAUUGUUAUCCGUUUGUAUUCCCUGGAGAAGGAAGUUCCUUUUCUUCUGAGAUUUCCAAAAUGCCAUUUCCAAAUCCGGUUUAUUCCCUCACAGACAGGUUGAAGGCUGAAAAGGAUAAGGUUGCUUUCACAUUGGACGAGGCAUGCACUGUUCUCGCAGCAGGGUGCAUGAAGGACGCAGGAAAGACCAUGGUAUUAGCUAACAGUUUUGUAAUAGAAAAACGUGUCAUUUCCAACUUAUUGUACUUUUUGCUGCUUUUUUGCGGAUGGCGCAGCCACGGCCUGCUAUUGAGCAACACACACACGUUGUGUUUUGAUGUGGAGCGUAGCGUCCACCGCCACCUAUUUGAAAGCAUCCUUGAAUCGUGUCCUGAAAGUCUUGCUCUCUCUCGCUCCACCGCAGCCCGAAUGAACGUGACCUGUCUCGACAUGUAGAAAAUAGUUUGGUUCUUACAUCUCUGUGCAGGCUCUGACUCGAUUUUAAACACGUCAUUGUCCGACUUUGUCUUCUCCUCUCAGUAACGACGUGCACACCGGAGUGUUGUUUUUAGGACAACUCGGCUACUCUUAGUGGUGGUGUGUUCACUGAUUGAAAAAAGAUCAGGUUGUUGAGUUUCCAGUCAUCAUGUUUUCUCGGAGCAUCUCCACCUGGUUUUCCGUGCAUUUCUUUUUAAGUCACAAGUUAGUUUAUCUGUUUUAAUAAGCAGAAUGUUUUAAGGAUGCAGAAGAGACAUUUCUAAGGGCUUCUUAUGUUAAGGUUUGCUCUUUUUUAAACCGCCAUGUAUCAUGUAAGCUUGUUGGUCUGCCUGAAACCUCAGCGUUUUUACUCUCGACCAUAACAAUCACUGUUAGCUAUGUAUACAGAUCUGUACAGUUUUAUGGGUUUAACCAUGAAUAUCAGCAACAGAAUGUACAUUUUGUAGAAACUUAAUAUUUUAAGGAAAUCAUAUGCAUAAGAUAGAAAUGUGAAGCUAAAAAAGGGGAAGGGUUGAGUAUGUAACAGUGGUUUCCACUCUUUUUUGUUUUUUAAUACUUAACGCAGUGCUUUUAGUUCACUUUCUUCCAGUUCUAGAUCCUGCCUUGCUUUACCUACAUUUCUCAGGUUCAUGUGGUCUUUGUUAGUAGAAGCUUUUGUAGCAUAAUGUUUAUACUGUACCUAUAAAAAACGGUUUGCUCCUGUUACCCAUGCUCCCUUCAUCCACUUUUAAACUUGUGCCAUAUUAUAUUCAACACAGGAUGGAAGUGCCGUUGAUUUCCCUCUCGCAUCUUCUUUAAAGUACUUGAAAACAUGUUUUGCAAAACAUCACUAGUCUAUUACAUCACAGCAGAUAAAGGAUUUGUUUACGAUGUGUAUUUUAUUUUUUUUUCUCCCAUAAAGAUACGACAACCAAGAA